AUUUUUAAUUCAGCAAUUCCAGCAUAGGGCAAAAGAAUCAGAACGUAUUUGGGGUCAUAAAUGGGUGGUUGCGAAUUUUUGUGUUCUAUGAGUGUGUGUAGUGUUAGUUAGGAUACAUAUAUAUCCUUCAAUAACCUUAAAAACCCUGUAAUAUUAAAAGUUUAGGGGUUACACUUAUUAACAAGGUUUUACCCUGCUUUGCUUGUAUUUAAACAUGUAUAAUGGAAUAGGACUACAAACACCUCGGGGAUCAGGCACCAAUGGUCAUGUCCAACGCAAUUGGGCCUUAGUUCGGUCUUCAGAUAAGUCUAAAGCUUAUAAAACUGAACAGGAGCUUGUGCUAUUAGAUAAGGCCAAUAAUAAACAACCUAAUAAGGAAAUAUUAGAUCAUGAGAAGAAACGCAAAGUGGAACUGAAAUGUGCAGAGUUUGCAGAAUUAUUGGAAGAACAAGGUUUUUCAGAAGAGGAUAUCUUGGAAAAGGUGAAUAACUAUCGAAAGAUGCAUUUAGGAUCCUACAACAAAGUGAGCAAAUCUGUUAAUGAAUGGGGAAAGAUCAAUGUGACAGAAACUCACCAAUUGGCAGAAGCCCAACAAGAGAAGAACGCGAGGCUCCGUGAGGCUUUUGGAAUAUCGGAGUAUUUUGUGGAAGGUAGCAGUUUCGACCAUGAUAGACAGGCCAAAGAGAAAUUGGCCGCGAGUGCUAAAGCGGCCGAGCGAGAAAAAGAGAGAAUCUUAAAUAAGGAGAAAGAGCUGGACGUCGGGAGGUACGAAUUAGUGAGGAGUCCUUCGGUGGAGAGUAGCGAGGAGGACAAGAAGAAGAAAAAAAGGAAACCGAAAGAUAGCAGUUCAUCCAGUGAAGAGUCCAAAAAGAAAAAGAAGAAGAAGUCAAAAAAGAAGGAGAAAUCGUCCAGGAAGUCCAGGGAUCGUAAGAAAAAGAAACGACAGAGGAGCGAGUCAAGCGAUGACGACUCAUCCCAGAGUUCUGACGAAUCUGAAGAGGAGGGAAAGAAGAAGAAAAAGAAGAAAGAAGAGAAAAAGAAAUCUAAAAAGAAGAGGGACUCAUUGGAAGAAUCUUCUGGAAAAAGGUUGUCUGCAAGCAAAAAAUCUAAAAAAGACAAUGAAUUCAAAGAAAAAGAAACAAAGAGUAGACGGGAUCAUUCAAGGCAACGUAAGAGGAAACGUUCUGAAUCACGCGAUAGCUCAGCCGAUUAUAAAUCUCGACGAAAUGGUCGAUCGCCAAGGAGAUCACGAAGAUCACCUUCAGAUAGGAGAGAACCUGAAAAAUACAAAGCGAAAACCAAGUCUAGGAGCCCAAACAGACGUAGAUCUCCAUCGAAAGAAGAUCAUAAGGAAAUCAAAAAGGCUUUUAAAGAAACCCGACAUCGAUCGAGGUCACCGUCAAAAAGGGACCGAAGCAAUUCUCUGGAAACCCGAAAGAAUGAUAAAAAGCGUAGUAGGUCAGGGUCAAGACAAAGAAAGACUGAUCUUAAAAGGAAAAGGUCACAUUCUCGAGAGCAUAGAAGGCAUUUCUCCGAAGAUCGAAGAGAGAAGGCAAGCAGGUCAAGAUCCAGAGAGAAAAAACUUAAAAGGAAGCGAUCAGUUUCUAAGUCAAAUAAAAAAGACUAUAACAGAGCUCAUAGUGGUUCUCCUGAAGCUAAAAGAGAUACUAAAAGAAGUAGGUCUAGAUCCAUGCAAAGAAAGAGGUCAAAUUCUAAAUCUAAGAGAGAUCGAAGCAGUUCUUCUGAGUCUCAAGCCGAAAAAACCGUUAGGUCCAAAUCUCCUAUAAAACAUGACGUGCAGCGUAAAAGAUCCAACUCUCGAUCCAGAAGAGACCAUAGAAGAGCUCGAAGCGAUUCCUCAGAAACCAGAAGAGAAAAGGAAAAUAAAAGCCACAAGCCUGAAAGGAAUGAUGCAGACAGAAGAAGGUCCCGAUCCAGACGGGACGAUCGUAAAAGAGACCGCAGCGCUUCUUUUGACACUCGAAAACAAUCAAGUACAGAUCGGCGAAACCGAAGUAAUUCCCGUCAAAAGACGAGAGAAAAAGACAGAAGCAAAAGCCGCUCACCACCUAUUAAACAAAAAACUAAAUCUCCUGAACGCAAGAGGCGUUCCAACUCAACCAAUCGAAAUCGCUCUGGCUCUUCAAAACACCAUCUUAGUAUUGGGUCCAGUCCACCCAGAUCGAAAAUCAGCAUAUCAAAUGAGGAAAUACCUAGCAGGAGCGAUAGUGCUGACAGAAAACGUCGCCCCCUAACUCCGGAAAAACGACGCUCGAAAUCCCCGAUCUUGGAAAGGCACACCAAAUCGAAGACUCCAACUGUACCUUCACCACCGAAAUUGAAAAAGGAAAAAUAUCCCAAAUCAAAAAAGCAGGUUCCAGUAGUAAAGUUACGUGAAUCGUCAAGCGAACCAGAAUCUUCAAAUAUCAGCGAAAAAGCGGCGGCGGAGGAAGAGAACCAACAAAAGCAAGAGGACAAGGAACUUCGCCUUUUGAAGCUGUUGAAAACGGGACUUGCCGCCAAAGCCAAAGAAACGCUGGAAAAGAAGAAGGAGCAAAAUGUGCAACCCGAUAUGUUUGAUAUCAAAGUGUUACCUCUUAAGAAGGAUACGCCAGCUGAAGGCAAAAUAAAUAAAGAUGAUUUUGACAUACGUCGCAGUCGAAGCAGGGCAUCGAAAUCGAGGUCGAAAUCUAGAGAUAAAAGUUCCUCCGAGGAUAGGAGUAGCAAAUCGAGUCGUAGCGUGAGUUCUGAUUCUAGAAGUUCCAGAAGUAGUUCGCGUUCAUCAAGCAGCUGCUCCAGAUCUUCUAGGUCCAGUCGAUCCAGCUCCUCUCGAUCUUCUUAUCAGUCGAGUUGCUCCUCGAGAAGAUCGAGAUCCAUCUCGAUACCGCGGCGACAUGGAUCGCCCAGCUUUUUAUCACGAAGAAGGAUAACAAGUGCAAGAAAACGGCCCAUUCCGUAUACCAGAUCGUCUCCCAGAUCACCAAGCAGCGAUAGCAGCUCUUGUAGCCCUUAUUAUUCAGCGAGAAGAUCACGGACAGGAUCGAGAUCAAAAACUAGAAGUCCAUCUGUUUGUAGAUCCCCAAGCAAAUCACCUAGAGUUUAGUUUUUUAUGGUUAUGUGCAAAACUUAGCAAGAUUUAUUGCAAACUUAACCGUUUGUUUCAAGUCUUUUUUGUUAAACCAAGUAGUUCGCGUUUAAAUAACAGCAAUUAUUUAAGUGAUCUCUCAAACAUUCCAAGGUAAACAUUUAUUAUUUAUUGAAUCCCUUUAAAAAUGAAAUUAUUGUGAAAUUGUUAUACAGUAUUGAUGUUGUUAAAUGAUAUUAUUUACUAAACAAAGUUCAAAAAUAUCGAUCGAUAAUGUACCUACUAUAUAGUUUACAUUUUUUUUAAAUCCAGAGUAAGUUUUAGCCUAUUCAAGGAUUUUUUUACUCACUAGUCAAAUCUACUCGUGUUUAUGUGAUAUUUUAUUUAUUUAUUUAUUUAACUAUGCCUUUGUAGGAAGAAUGUACUAACUAUACACUGUCCUCCAUUACGUUCUUGAGUUUUAAUCAGAUGAAGGACACUGUAUAUUAACAAUUUAUGUAUUCAAUAAACAACUAUUAUUAACAGAA